AUGUCCCUCCAACUGGCCGAUCAUUCGGUAAAGUAUCCUAUUGGUAUUCUGGAAGAUAUUCCAGUUAGGAUAGGCCAGUUGUACAUCCCUACAGACUUUGCAGUGAUGGACAUUAAGGAGGACUCUAACAUUCCGAUCUUAUUAGGAAUAUCCUUUUUAGCCACCGCUGGUGCGAUAUUUGAUGUGAAACGAGGGAAGCUUUCUUUUAAGGUCGGUGAAGAGAAAAUUCAGUUCAUUCUUUCCCAGUUUCUGAAAACACUAGCUAUUGAUUAUUCAUGUUGUUUUGUUGACAUCAUUAAUGAACGUUUAAAUGAACUAUCGCAAGAGGCACCUCCCGUUGAAGCACUACGCCAAACAAGACCUUAG